AUGCUGGCGGAGCUGCUGGAGGAGAGGACGCUGCCCUCCGGAGAGCGACUGGCCGUGUCUUGCCUGGCGGCACCGACGCUCCAGGCCCGUGACGACCUCUGCCGGGCGCACAGCAGGAUCUUCUGGGACGAGCUGACAGGAGAGGCCCUGUGGCCAAAACCCAUGUUCGACGCCAUUGGAAAGCUUCCCGACGGCGUACUGGCGGGGAAUACCAACACCCUCGGCUCGUUCGACGAGUGCCUGAGCGUCGACGUGACCCUGAACGCGGCCAAGUACCCCGACGUGCCCGCCCGGGGGCUGCACUUCGUGGGUCGGUACGUUCCCGUCACCGUUAAGCCGAACCGGAGCGCCUUAGAAGACCCGUCUGAGGACGACGGUGGAAUCGUCGCCGUCGCCAUCCUGCCCAGCGUCGGCAAGGCUACCGGUGUCAUCGGCAUGUGCGUGCCGUCCAGCUGCUCCGGCGAUGACGUGGCGCGCGGGCUACAGCUGCUGCUCGGCAGAAAGGUGUCAGUGUCGGCGCUCCAGUCGACGACAUCGGAGGAUUCUGUGGAGUUCACGUCGCCGGACAGGGCCGUCAUCACCAUCAUGGCCCUGUUCGGCGGUCUCAUGGUGGCGGGCACCUGCCUGGACCUGCACUACAGGGGCUGCACCCGACGCCUGAUGGCGAUGCUGCAGCUGAAGCCGUGCGCAUGCGUGCCCGGCGCCGAUCCCCCGGCCGGUCAGCAGGGAGACGCGUCAGACGCAACCCAGCCGCCGAGGCUGUCAGCGCUUGGACGUCCUCAGCAGGCUCUGCUCGCCUUCUCAGUGUACAGCAACACUCGGAAGCUGUUGGACACGACGCCACGGGAGGGGACGCUCGCCUGUCUACACAGCAUCCGGUUCUUCUCCAUGACUUGGGUUGUUCUAGGUCACGCGGCUUUCGCUGCAUUCUCCACUGACUACAGUCCCAUGGCUGCGUUUAAAUGGGGCAGGAAUCCUUUGUUUGAGGUUGUAUUGAACUCUUUGCUGAGCGUGGACACAUUCUUUUUGCUGUCAGGUUUAGUACUGGCCUACAGUUUCUGUAACGCUCAUCAGAAAACCGGGAAGCUCAACUUGCCCAUGCUCUACAUACAUCGCUACCUGCGACUGACAGUGCCAUACGCUUUCAUCACAGCCAUCACCGCCACACUGUUUUUGCACCUUGGUAGCGGCCCGCUUUGGAGCUUCGCGAAAUUCCCGCAGUCCCGGUGCCAGGAGAACUGGUGGAAAAACCUCCUCUUCGUUCAGAACAUCGUGGAUCACAAGCGGGGGUGUCUGGGCCCGACCUGGUACCUCGCCGUCGACACGCAGCUGUUCGCGUUCUCGCCGCUGGUGCUCCUGCCUCUGGUGUGGCGGCCUGUGCUCGGUGUGCUCUGGCUGUGCGCCGUCACCGUCGGGUUCAUGGUGCUCCGCGUGGCGAUCUGGGCCGGCGGUGAUCUCCCGCCGCUGCAGUUCCAUUUCAGGUCGGAACGCAGUGACCUAUGGGCUCGUAACUACAAGUACCCGUGGAUGCGCUGCACGGUGUGGCUGGUAGGCAUCGGGCUCGGCUUCCUCCUGCACAAGCUGCGCGGCAGACGAGUCACGCUGAGGCCGUGGCAGUAUCUGCCCGGCUGGAUCGCCGCCUUCGCCGUCGGCAUCUCCGUCGUGUACGGCAUGUACGGCUACCAGAUGCCCUGGGACCCGACGCCGAGCAAGGCCGUGGCCGUGGCGUACGGCGGCCUGCACCGACUGGCCUGGGGCCUCGCCGUCUCCUGGGUCAUCUUCGCCUGCGUCACCGGCUACGGCGGCGUCAUCAACACGUUCCUCUCGCACCCGGGCUUUGUGCCCCUUAGUCGGCUCACCUACGCCGGAUAUUUGAUACAUGUGGCGCUGGGACCGCCCACCAACGAAGACGAGGCCGCAUCUGUCGCCAGCGACAGCCGCUUCUCGAACGACCGCUGCAGCCGCAGAAUGUCGUCGGUUUUGCACACGAUGCCGCCGCCUGUACCGCGCUCGUUCGAGUCCAUGGCCGACAUGGACUUGGACCGGACCCGGGCGGCCCCCUGCGGCUUGCCCAGCUGCACGCUCGGGCUGCGCUCGCUGUGGCACUGGAUGCGGGCGGGCUGA